UCCGGAAGCAGUCCUCCCUGCGCUGUCCAUUUCGGGGACUGCGCGAUUUCGAUCGCGAUUUCCGCGCGUUUUAUUGGUGGAGUGAGAGAGCUGGUCUCCGCUGAUUGGUGCCGGCAUCUUCUGCCCCAUAGACGCCGCGGGGCGCAGAAUUUCAGUAGUCGGUUUCCUGCCGGCCGCAGGUCUCGCACCGCAACCAUGGUGGAUGUCAUGGAGUUGCCCAGGUCGCGCGUCAAUGCCAGCAUGCUAGCUCAGUUCAUCGACCGGCCGGUCUGCUUCGUAGGGAGGCUGGAAAAGAUUCAUCCCACUGGAAAAAUGUUUAUUCUUUCAGAUGGAGAAGGCAAAAAUGGAACCAUUGAGUUGAUGGAGCCCCUUGAUGAAGAAAUCUCUGGAAUCGUGGAAGUAGUUGGAAGAGUAACGGCCAAGGCAACCAUUAUGUGUGCAUCAUAUGUCCAGUUUAAAGAAGAUAACCAUCCUUUUGAUCUUGGACUAUACAAUGAAGCUGUGAAAAUUACCCAUGAGUUCCCUCAGUUUUUUCCUUUGGGGGUUGUGCAAUGAUUGAUCUUGAUGAACACACUGAAGACUGUCAUAGGAAGCCCCUGAUAUUUGAGGGGGAGACUUCUGUGAUUUUUCAUAUUUAAUUUGUUCUCCUUUUAAUUUCAUUUACCUAACCUUAUUAGAUACUGCAAUAUCCCACUUUUGAUGGAACCUGUCUGUAUACUGAAAGUUAAGUGCUUAUAAAGAACACUUCUGUAUAUGGUCAGAUCAGAAGCAAGAACAAAGCAGUUGCCUUGAGUUUAGUUUUCUGUUUUAUUAAUAAAGGCUGAAAUGGGACAUACUGUUGAUCAUUUCAUUCUUGUUCUUUUAGUCAUGUAUUCAAACUCAAACUUGGAAUCUUCAGAGCUGUAAGGUCAGAACUUAGACCUACCAAAUGAAAUCCAG